GUACGCGAUAAAGAAAGAUGAUAAAGAAAGGCAUCCAAAUUUUAAAUUUUAAAUUCAUAAUAGUAAUUAUGUAGUAGAUCUUUGUCGUCAUGAUGUCGAUAUAAUUAUUGUAUUCGCAGUUGUCCCCGAUCACUUACAUCCGAAAUCUGUACGACGCGUCAUUUAUGAAGCAGUCAUCGUUUUAAUUACUAACAAUAUUUUUAACAAACAUCACCAGCAGCAUAGUCCAUAAAAGCACUACGACGACCUGAAAUGACUGUCCAAAUAUCGUCAGUCUGUGGUCUAACGUCGAUUCGUGAAUUAUGAACGACGCCUACAACCCUCUGAGUGGCACAAAAGACGACUGCAAUGGAUGACAAUGAUCAAGUGAUUUUUUAUCCRAACCARGGAGUAGAUCCGCACAACCGAUGCUGCGGUGGUUCCAUGUGGUGUAUUCAGGACAUAUGCGGUAUUAUUUGUGCGAUAUUCACGUGGCUGUUGAUACUGUAUGCUGAGUUCGUAGUGACAUUCGUCACACUAUUACCAUGUCCGUAUCCUAUUUUUCAGUGUGUCAACAUGGUGAUAUUUCAAAUCUUUGCCUUCCUUGCGAUGGCUUCUCAUCUGCGCACAAUGUUCACGGAUCCAGGUGCAGUGCCAAAAGGAAAUGCUACAAAAGAAAUGAUACAACAUUUAGGUUUACGCGAGGGUCAAGUGAUAUAUAAGUGUCCAAAAUGCUGUUGUAUUAAACCUUCAAGAGCCCAUCACUGUUCUGUUUGCCAAAGAUGUAUUAGAAAAAUGGACCAUCAUUGUCCAUGGGUCAACAAUUGUGUUGGAGAGAAAAACCAAAAGUUUUUUGUAUUAUUUACGCUUUAUAUUGCUGCUAUGUCAAUGCACGCAUUGUACUUGUGUGUCAGCCAAUUUGUUUGGUGUUUACAUUCCGAAUGGAAGCAAUGUUCUUGGUAUACACCUCCUGCAACAGUAGUUUUUUUGAUAUUUUUAGGUUUUGAAGCAUUGCUAUUUGCAAUAUUUACCAUGGUAAUGUUUGCCACUCAAUUACAAGCCAUAUGUUCUGAUGAAACGGGUAUUGAACAAUUAAAAAAGGAAGAAGCUCGGUGGAUGAAAAAAUCUAAAUGGAAGAGCUUACAAGCUGUGUUUGGCAGGGUUUCUAUUACUUGGCUGUCACCUUUUUCACGGCCAGCUCCUAAGAUUAAAGUAGAUAAUUAUCUACAGGUCUAGUGAUAUGAACAGUAUUAACAUAUUUUUAAUAUUAACUUCUCAUACCUAAUAAUAUUAAAUAAUUCUACAUUAAAAUUAAUUUAACUUAUGACUAUGCAAUGUAAGGCAAUGAUUCUUUUAUUAAGAGAGGAUCUGAUAAAUAAGUUUAAUUAUUUUAUGAACUUUAAGUGAUAUUUUAUUAUUGUUAAAUCUUUGCUAUAAUACAGUCAGUAAUCAUUUAAUUAGUCACUUUAUAAUUUAUAUACUUUUAUUUGAAUAUCUAUAUUCUGCUGCUUUUUCUUACUAUUUGUUUACUAUUAUUAUUAUUAUUAUUAUUAUUAUUAUUAUUGACGAACAAUACAUUAAUACUAAUUUUAAAUACA